AAAAUAUAAUGGCAGCAGUAGCCCGGCCUGAUUAUAAAUUGGGGUCGAAGCCUCAGAAUCAAAGCGACAAUUGUUAUAACGCAAUUUUUGGAGGAGACCCUGCCUCCAAAAUAGAUGAUAACAUGUUUGCUCUAAAUUUCAACUUCGAGCCUCUGAAAGAGGUUUUAAACAGUCUCAUAUUUUCCCAAAAGGUAGCGAAGAGUAGAAUUGAUGAUCUUGUUGCAGAGAACAGACAGAUCAAAAGCACCCUUGCUGAAUAUGAAGAAAAGUUUGUCUUCAUUGAAUCAAAGGUUGGCACAGUCAUCGAGAGGUAUGAUGAGAUCGAUAGAGGAUUUUACGAUGUGGCAGACACCACCCAAGAACUCAACAAGAAGGUCAGUACUGCACUUCACACAGUUGAUGAUUCCAAGAAACUUGAAGAACUUUACAGUGAGACUCAGAAGAAGCUACUUGAAACUCAAAAAAAGGUAGACAAUUAUAAAGACCAUGCGAAGGGCUUUAUUGCGAUCUCACAGUUCAGAGAAGAAAAGAAAAGGGUCGAAAGAAUAAGUAAUAAGUCGUCAGUUUCCAACUCGAAGCAAGGAAGUAAGAAGCAAGUAACAAAUGAGUCCCAUCAAGAGAAGAGUACAAAAAGAAUUCCAGAAAUGAAUAAAGAUAUUGAGGUUUUCAGGGAUGACAAUGAGUGUAAAUCAAAUGUAGACCAUUGUGAACAACUUGACAUCCAAGAUGAAUCAACCAUACAAAAUGAAGCUGAAACUGCUGAAAUUUCAGCAAAUGAUAAGAAAGUUAUGAACCUUCAGGGCCAGAUGGAGAAAGGUGCAGAAGACAUCAAUAAGUUAAAUAAGUUACUCGAGGAACUUAAGCAAAAACAAAAGAAUGCCAAAGAUUAUGAAGAAGCAAGCAAACCCCAGCUUACGGAUGAAAUGGUGAGACAAAUUAAGAUGUCCACCAUAAAUAUUAAGAAUCAUAAUGGAAGAUUGGAGGAUCUUGAAGAAAAGAACAAGAUAACUUUGCAGGAGCUUGAAAAUAAACUUGAAUCUAAGCUUGAUACUUUGGAAUAUGAAGCUGAAAUGAAUAAAAUCAGAGAAAGGGUAUCCUUGCUUUGGCAAAAGUUUGGUAAACCUAAAAACACCAAAAAUGCACCUACCACAAAAGGACAAUCCAACGAAGCCAUCGAAGACGCCAUCCUCGAAACAUCAGCCCUAAAAGCCCACCUCAAAAACAUCGAGAGAAGGAUCCAAGAGCUCCUAACAACAUCACAAAACCACCACAAAGAUAUCGAAAAUCUUCAAUCCAGCUACUCUAAACAAUCAAAAUCCCUAAAAUCCUUGACUCAGCCUACUACCAAAGAACUCUCAGCUCAACUGCAUGACCUCACCUCCCAGGUGGCUUCACUACAAGAAUCUCAGAAACCCGAAUCCACACAUUCUGCUCAGAAAUCAUCCCGAUCUCGCCUUCCUUCACCUAUUGAAAAGCCUCAAGUGAUCAACUACAAGAUCACCUCUCCACAAGAAAAAGAAACUGCCUUAUCUAAGCCAAGUAGGAUCAUUAUCAAUAAUAAUGCCGACAAGAUAGAGACUAAGAAGUCUCUGAACGACCUUGACCGGAAAAUAGAGGAUAUUAAGAAGGCGGCUCAUAAGAAGAUUGACUCUAAUUUGAGUGAGUUCCAAAAAUUUAAGAUAUCGUGAUGAAAUAUACUGGAGAGACAAGACCAAUCUUUGAUAAGUCUACUGACUAGGGUCACAGCACUGGAGAUUAGAGUGGAUUCGCUUGAGAAUGAGGAUAUUAAGGCCAAGACUAUUGAUACAGGGUUAGGGAACAAGAGAGGCAGAGUUGAUAAGAGUCAACUGCUGGAGGCAUUACAGAUAGCAGAGAAAUUAGUGAAUGAUUUUAAACAAAUGAGAAAGGAAGUCUUUGAUAAAUUGUACCAAAUUACUGAAAAAGAGCUCAAGUCUAAAGCUAAUGCUACUGAUUUAUUUGAAGUAGAGACUAAGUUUGAUGAAAGAUUAAAUAUUUAUGAAAAAGAGAUAAGAAAACAUAAGGAGGCAAUGAGAGAAAAUAUUCAGCGCUUACAAGAUAGAAUGUCUGUCCAGCUAACACGGCGUGCUAUAUCUCCUGAUCCAGAUUUUGAUUCCUCUGCCAUAUUAUCCAAAAAGCAAAACAUGCAAACAAAAUGUAUGAACUGUGAUAAAACCUUACCUCAGCUGGACAAGAUUCAGCAGAACUACUCCCAGUGGAAGAAUCUUCCCCAGAAGACGCAUACAAGGAACACAAAAAUGCUGCAUUUAGGGAAAGGUUAUUCCAAGUUACUCCAAUCUUACAACCACGAGAUUCUAUCACCUGACAAUAGUUUCAGAAAGGACUAUAAUCUCGCAUUGAAUGAGGGUAGUGACACAGAUACAGUCCCAUUCCAGAACAGUAUGAUCAAGACACUUGAUACCCCCAAUCAGGAUCUAAGUAGCUGCCUCAAAACAACUAAGAAGAAAGCCAAGAAAUCUCUAAAAGAUAUCAGAGAGUUAGACCCAAAUGGUCUUGAUGUUGAGUGUAAGAAGCUACCGCAAAUCAAUAGCACCAAAGACUUGAGAGGAUUUGGAGAUUCUAACCACUAAUUUUAAAAUAAAAUCCAUCUUGUCUUUAAGUCAA